CAGACAUCCAGUAUUUUCCAGUGCAUAUCAUGUCGUGUUUGAUGAUGAAGAAAUCUUUCCACAUUUUUUAUGAUCAAGCAACUUCGAUUUUCACUCUUCUACUAGCUUUUCUAGUGACAUUUUCAACUAUUAUCAUCUACUAUGUACAGAAGAAGAGGGACUUGAAGCACAAUGUAACCUCAUCGUCAAGUAGUGCAAUUACCACGACUCCUUUAUUACCAGAAGCAUCGGGUUCAUGGCCAGUGAUCGGACAUCUUCUUCUUUUCAUGGGAGAACAUCAAUUAACUCAUGUAACUCUUGGUAAUAUGGCCGACAAACAUGGACCUAUUUUUAGUGUACGACUCGGUAGUCACAGAACUCUAGUUGUUAGUAGCUGGGAUAUGGUAAAAGAGUGUUUUACAGGUAUGACCGACAAGUUGUUGUCGAAUCGUCCUGUCUCUUUAGCGACUAAAAUUAUGAUGUAUGACACUGAAUCUUAUGUUUUUGCACCUUAUGGAAAAUAUUGGAGAGAGUUGCGAAAGAUAUCUACACAUAGACUCCUUUCUCAUCAGCAAUUAGAAAAGUCGAAAUAUAUGCGAGUUUCUGAAGUUGAUAACGCCUUUAAAAAGCUUCAUGAGUCAUGCAGCAACAACAAACAGGGAGGUGACACUGCUUCUGCAACUACUCUUGUGAGAAUGGAUGAUUGGUUAGCAUACUUGACUUUUAACGUAAUAGGGAGGAUCGUCGGCGGAUUCCAAUCAAAUGCGGUGACCACAGGUACCACAAGCAGCCAGGAAAAGUUCAAGCUUGCAUUGGAUGAACUGUCACAACUUAUGGCAAUGUUUGCCGUUUCAGAUGUGGUUCCCUGGCUUGGGUGGAUUGAUCGAUUGAGUGGUCUUACAGGAAAGAUGAAGAACUGUGGAAAGAAAUUAGAUGCAAUAGUUGGGAAUGCAAUUGAGGAUCAUCGCCAAAAGAAUCGAAUUUCUAAAGAAAACCCGGGAGCUGUUAUGGAGCACAAAGAAGAAGACUUCAUCGAUGUUUGCUUGUCCAUUAUGGAGCAAUCACAGAUUCCUGGAAACAACCCCGAAAUCUCUGUUAAAGCUAUGAUCUUGGACAUGUUAAUUGGUGGGAGUGACACCAUAAAAUCAGUCAUGAUAUGGACCCUUUCUUUGUUGUUGAACCAUCAAGAUGUGUUGGACAAAGCAACAGCGGAAGUAGAUAAACACUUUAGGAAAAAGAAGAAGUUAUCGCAUAAUACACCUACCGUGGAUGCUGCUGAUAUUCCUAACCUCAUCUACAUCCAAGCGAUCAUCAAAGAAUCAAUGCGAUUAUACCCUGCCGGCAACUUGACGGAGCGAAUGACGAGUGAUGAUUGUGAGGUUGGUGGCUUUCACAUACCUGCUGGGACUCGCUUAUGGGUUAACGUAUGGAAAAUGCAACGAGACCCAAAGGUGUGGAAUGAUCCCUUGGUAUUUCGACCUGAGAGAUUUUUGAACAGUGACAUAGAUGUGAAGGGUAAGCAUUAUGAACUGGUACCAUUUGGAACUGGUAGACGGAUAUGUCCGGGGGCAUCGUUUGCCUUAGAAGUCUUGCAUUUGCUUCUUACUCGUCUUAUUCUUGAGUUCGAGAUGAAGGCACCAGAUGGGAACAUUGACAUGAGGGUAAGACCAGGUUUUUUCAACAGCAAGGUAAUGCCGCUAGAUGUUCUGGUCACCCCACGCAAACUAGAAUACUAGAUAAUAAUAGGGAUGAGUUGCAGCUGCGCUUUGUAAUUGGGAAUUGAAUGCAGGUUUCUAGCAGCAGCAUGAUGCUUGCCACCGUAUUUCUCUAUUUCUUUUUAUUUUAUGAAAUUGCAUAUUGAUUUCGCGGUUUCACUACUCAUUGUGCCUUGGCGAGAGUACGAAGUUGCCCAAUUAGUAUGUUAUGUACGUGUUGUAGGUGUGCCAGUAAUUAAUUAGUAGAUGUAUUCGUAUUAGUUUAGAGUUUUAGUUUGAUUUGAAUUGUAAUGGAUGGUAAUAUAAGUCAGGGUCUUCGCGUCCCUGAAUUAUAGGUGUUUGUUGUGUUUAAGGUGUGUGUACGGUUAUAUUUAGAUAACCAUUAUGUUAGUAAGUUUCAUAUGCAGUUAUUCCUUAGUUGUAGGAAGUUAUGUAACUUCUCUAUGCGUGUAUAAAUUCACAAUCAAUGAAUGAAGAAAUCAUAGACUGUUUAUGUAAACA